UUUAAUUUAUGAAAAAAAAGUGAGCCUGCUAAAACAAGUUAUAUUGCAGACUUGUUUAGCUACAAGUACCAAUUAAUGUGUCUUCCGCUAAAAGUCAAAUACUCACAAAUUGAGAUUUGGCAAUUGGCAUCGGCCAUCGACACCGAGUUAUACUUAUACACAAACUGUGAAGUGUCGACAUAUCAUAAUAGAAAUUGGAAAGCAAAAAUGUAUUUAUUUUUAACCCCAAUAAUAUGAAUUAAAGUUUUAUCAAUUAUUAGUUUUUUCAUAUUCUGUUUAUAAGGAUUACAAAGCUAUACACUUUAUAUUUAAAUAUAUAAUUAAAAUGAAUUUUGGAGGUACAUUAAGAGUAAACAAAUUCGCAUGUUUUACUUUAGUGUUCGUGCUAUUCUUGAUAAUUUAUUGGCGAUCUGGUGGAAAUGGUUACCCGACCGAUGUGAGUGAUCUUGUGAGUAUAAAGUCGCUAUUAAAUGCUGCAAUAUAUGCUGCCGAACGUGGUGGUGUGAAAGUGAUAGAAGGCAGAAAUAAAGGUAUGAAAGUGCAUAGCAAGGGAAAAACGAAAGAAGGUGCAAACGAUCCUGUUACAGAUGCAGACUACGCAUCACAUUGUGCCAUGUAUUAUACUAUUAAAAAUGCAUUUCCUAAAUUAGCUAUUGUGUCUGAGGAGCAUUCUGAUGGAAAUUCAGAAUGCCAGAAUCAAGAUCCAAUAGAUUUGGAAUCAACACCACAAGGGCAAAGAAUCCUUAAUUCUAUUAAUGAUGAACAUGUUCUUGCUAAAGAUGUGACAGUUUGGAUUGAUCCUUUGGAUGCAACACAAGAAUAUACAGAGGGUUUAUAUUCCUAUGUUACAACUAUGGUCUGUGUUGCCAUUAAUGGUGUACCAAUUGUAGGGGUAAUCCAUUAUCCUUUCCCACCAACCACUUAUUGGGGCUGGCUUAUGAAAAGGACAUCUAGUAACAUACCAAAGAUUUUAUAUAAAGAGGAUAAAAAAAACCAUCCAAAAGUUAUUGUUUCCCGGUCACAUCCAGGAAAAGUAGCAGAAAUAGCAAAAAAUGCAUUUGGAGAGGAAACAGUUAUUACAAAAUCAGCAGGAGCUGGAAAUAAAUUUAUUAGUAUUAUGAAUGGCACAAAUGAUGUCUAUUUACAUGAAACUGCAAUAAAAAAAUGGGAUUUAUGUGCUGGUCAUGCAAUUCUAAAGACCAAUAAUGGAACUAUGACCACAACUAAAGGCGAGACCAUAGACUAUUCAAGUGGUAGUAAUGUUGUAGUCUCAGAUGGUAUAUUAGCUACUUUGUAUGACCAUCAAUUUUAUUUAAAUAAAAUAAAAAAUGCUAUUUAAUUUAGAAUGAUUUCUAGAAUGAUUUGAUAAUCUACAACUUGUGCUGUUUAUCUUCAUUACAAAAAACAAAUAAUAGAAAACAUUGUUUAAAAAAGCAAGAUAUUUUAAAAUUUAAAUAAUCAUUUUUAUAUGAGUGGUCUUAAAGUAUGUAAAUAUUUGUACAAGUUAACAACUUAAGGUGCAAUUAUUAAUGCAAUAAUAGUCUUUUGUAAGAUAAGUUAAAAUUUUAUGUAGUUGUUGUAGGAGUAAAGAUCUCAGGAAAAAUAUUUGGCAUUUUUUUAAAUUUGUGAUUAUUGGGAUAUUUAAAUGUUUAUUGCUGUUACAAAUUAAAUUUUGAUACAAAUAUUUUGAACAGACCCAGAUUUUGAGCUAUUUUAUUA